CUCCCAGCAGGCAGCCGGGAGCCAGGGAAGGGCAGAGUUCACCGUCACGUUUCCAGCGGAGGACUCCGGGUGUGCGCUGGUGUCCUGCCACCGAAGGGCCUCUGGGACAGAGGGCAAGGGGAAAGGCCAGCUGGCCUCCUCUUGCCACCCCCUGGCUCCUGAUCGCCCCUGAGCGGCUCCGAGCCUGCCUGGGUUUGUGGGCGUGUGGUGGGAGCUGCCCGGGAUGGAGCCUGUGACGGGGGUAGCGCUCGGCCAGGCAGAGACGGCUCCCUGUGAGCACCGGAGAAAGUGAAACCGAGCCCUGCAGAAGCCACAGCUCCAGGGGAAAAGGAAAAUGGAAGAGAAUCCAAGCGUGGAGCUGCCUGGAGCUGGACCAGCCCAGGGUGAGGUGGGGAGCACAGCAAAGCUUCCUGAGCACCAAGAGCCCACCCAGGAACCACCUGUGCACCAAGAGGCCACCCAAGAAGCACUUGGGCACCAAGUCACAAGCAGGUGGCCUGAGACACCCUGCAAAGCAGAGGAGGACUCUUCAGUGUGUGAAUCAGCUGCUGAUGGGGGAGAGACAACACUGUUGGGUUCAGCUGGUCCCACACUAGAGGAGAGAGCUGCCCAGGAAACUGAAGUAUUGCCAGAAGAUUCUGACAAGACAAGAGAAGGUGUCUCAGAAAGACCCCUGGAAAAAGAAGGCUUGGAUGAAGCUGAGCUGGGCCAUGAGAAUGUGGAAAGCCAAGGAGACAGCCCUGACCACCAGGAAACUUGGGAGCACCCGGAGACAGCUGGGCAGUGUGAAAGCCUCUGCAAGGAGGAGGAAGGUGUCUCAUCAACAAGCAAGGCACGGAGCACUGGCAGUGAAAUGACACAUUUGGAUGUGACUAGCGUGGAAGAUGUCCGCAGGGACCUCUUGGCAGAGAAAAGCAGCAGUGCCACUCUCCCACACUGGCAGCCAGAGGCACCCAGAGAGCAAGAAACACAGGAGAGUGGGUCCCAGGGCACAUUAAGGAAAAGACCUAAAGGGGACACAGCCCCAAACCCAGAGACUCUGUCUUCCCUGCAGAACAUCACCACCCAAAACACAGAGCAGGAGAAGGCCAAAGAGUCCCUCCUGUGGAAAGGUGAGGAAAAGAAGCUUCCCUUGCAUGUUACUCAUCGACCAGAAGGCACUGAUCCUCCAGGAGCAAGGCUCUUCAUCGCGGGGCUGGCGGCGCUCGCCUUCUGCAUCUUCUGCUUCUGCCGCCCCACGUCCAGCUCGCAGCAGCCGCUCAGGAACCCCGCGGUGGAGGCCUUCCUGUCGCAGUUCGACCAGCUGCAGCACCGCUUCCCGGGCCAGAGCCCGCACCUGUGGCUCCGCGGGCGCAAGUUCCUGCGCAAGCACCUGAACGCGUCGCAGCCCACGCAGCCGGCCAUCGUCAUCCUCACGGCGGCGCGCGGCGCCGAGCGCACCCUGCACUGCCUGGGCGCCCGCCUGGCCGACUGCUACUCGGCCGCCCUGCACGGCAGCACGGUGCACAUCCACGGCGGCGACAAGGCCGGGCUGCGCAGCGACCGCGCCAAGCUGGAGGUGGACGCGGAGCUGAGCGCGGCGUUCGAGGCGGGCGGCCGCGCCGCGGUGAUCCACCGCUUCGAGCUGCUGCCCGCGGGGGCCACCCUCAUCUUCUACAAGUACUGCGACCACGAGAGCGCCGCCUUCAAGGACGUGGCGCUGCUGCUGACCGUGCUGCUGGAGGAGGACGCGCUGGACAGCCAGAGCAGCCUGCAGCAGGUGGAGGAGAGGGUGCGGGACUUCCUCUGGGCCAAGUUCACCGGCGGCAGCGCCCCCGGCUCCUACGACCGCAUGGACUCGGACAAGCUGAGCGGGCUGUGGAGCCGCAUCUCCCACCUGGUGCUGCCUGUCCACCCGGUGCAGGCCAUCGAGGAGGACGGCUGCUAUGCCAAACCCUAGGGACAGAGGCGGCCCCAGCCCCGAGGAGGGUUGGAAAGAGGGUCCUGACCGGCUCUGGUACAGGCAGAGGCACAACUGGUGUUACUUCUCUUCAGCUGUAGCUUCCUGGGAAGAGUUUGACAGGUACAAGUUGAUCUGGGACAUUUGGGCAGCUGAGUCCUGGAGGUGAUACACACGCGGCCUUCUGGCAGAUGGGAACAGCGGGUAUUUUAGGGUUCAGCGUGUGGGGAAGCAGGAGGGAAAACAGGACCUUGCAGGUAGCAUUUCUAUCGAGAAAUAGACAAAUAAUCACAACUAGUACAACAGAAGGAUGCUGUGAUUUGGCAGCUCUUUCAUCUCUGUCUGCCCCUCAGCUUGCUAAAGCUGUGUACAUCAGUCUCACAGUACACUUUAUCCAGGGAGCUGCUAGAACACAGAAAGAUCAAAUCCUCAAAGCCCAGCAUUUUUGAAGGCAUGCUUCAAAAAGAAAAGCAGUUUGCCAGUCAAGAGUGUGACCCAAUAGGGUCCCACUUACACAGCCUGAUUGACAGCAGGCAAAGCCCAGAUCCUCAAACAAACCUGCAAUUCAGAGAUCCCCUAAACAUCAGUCACAAGAAAUUUCAGUAUGUCAGCACUUGAACACUAUGCUGAUGGCAGGGACCCCAUCAGGGGAUCCCACGUGCCAGAGAACAAGCUCCAGAACCAGAGAGCAAUGAAACUGUUGCUGUCACCCUGAUAGUGUGAAGCUUCAAAAGGAUUACACAGGUAAAAAAUGAAUAAUACAAUGUAAUUUAAUGCUACCUCUCUCUAAAACGGGUCCACUCCAUCCCUUUGCCACACAAAGGCUUCAACUCUCUCCUUAGGCUGAUGCCCACACAACAGAUUGUUCUUCUGGAUUUCUGAUCUGUGUGCAGGGCUGGAAACCUGUCGGCCAGCCUCUCCCCAGGUGACUUCUGUUGAUGAAUGUAGAUUCUAUGUUGAUAUUUCAAACCAUGUAGGGUAGCACACCGGGUCCUUGCCCUUCCUACUAGGCAGAUGGAGCUCUGGCAUCUGCCAAAGCAAGUAGGAGCUGAGCUGGGUUAGCUGGUCAGGACAAAAUCUCUGCCAUUAACACUAAAAAUCCUUGACAAAGCAGGUUAGUUUCUUUCCAUUCCUCCUCGUCUGCAUCCUAGGAAGAGAACUCCACGUCCUGGGAGCACUGAGGUUGCCCUGCACACUGUGUUUUUGCAGGUGCUGUGGGGCAGAGCAGCCAGCUCCGGAGCACCUGGAGAGCAGGGGCAGGUUGCAGCAUUGAUUAUAAACAAAAGUGCCAGCCCCGUGUGCCUGUGCAGAGGGAGCAGCUCUAGCAGGUCGUGGCUCAUUCCCACAGCAGCAGCACAGUCCGAGGCCUUGCAGAGCCAGGCUGUGUGUCCAAACAGGAACAAAUCCUCACCACCUCGGUGGUUUUUAGCAGCUGCACAUCAGGGUGCUCCUUACAGCAGCUGGGCCCUGGUGCUGGAUGGAUCUCCUGCCUGCAGUGCCUUGCUGAUCUGCCUCACCAAGGCUCGGGGAGGCGCAGCCCUGCUCCCUAAAAACCACAGCCUGUGUCUUCUUUCCCCCUGCCGUGUGCCUUGACCUGUCUCAGGAGAUUGGUGGCUCUUAACUUGGAGGAGGGGAGGGUUGAAGGAAGAGGGAAGGUUAUCUGUUCAUGUUCUGGCCAAAGAACAGACUUUUUGGUUGGUUGGGGACGUGAAGACAAGACCACAGAGGGGUUUUAACCGUGGUAAACCCUGGGCUAAAUGUGAGAGGUACCUGCUGGAGCCCAGGGCACGGUCAGAUACCAGGUACAGGUUGCUUCCUCCUCUCCCUCUUUCCUGUUGCUGUACACUACUUUGGUGGGAGAAAACACUGUGUCCUGCCCUGCAGGGUGAAGUGUGGGUGUUGGUAUAAGAACCAGCAGAACAUUAAUCAUGCUAUGCCAAUAUUUUGAUGGAAAUCUGUAUUUUAAUGUUCUCUCUGUUUUACAUACUGUGUUUGCUAUGCAUAACCCAGGUGUGUAAAGGCAACUCCCCGUUGCUGAGAGUGUCACCCACCUGAGUUCUUCCAAUACAGAGAUAUUUUUAUGGCCUUUUAAAGACAAAUAUCUGCUUGCUUCUGGAACAGGACUUCUAUUUAAAAAUAAAUGGUGAGGUUGUGAAAGAAGCCAGCAAAGUGA